AGAACAAUCGCAGUAAGAUGGCGCUGUCUGGAGUGGAAGGCAGAGGAUCUCAUAGCAUGGAUAAGAGCAUUACACUCCCCCCGGAUGAAAUCUUCCGCAACCUGGAGAACGCCAAGAGGUUCGCUAUAGAUAUAGGUGGCUCUUUGACAAAACUGGCCUAUUACUCCACUGUUCAGCACAAAGUUGCCAAAGUCAGGUCAUUUGAUCAUUCAGCGAAGGUAAGCUUGCAGGAAACUGAUGGAGACCCUCUUUAUGAGAUAUCCGUACAGGAAGAGAUCACUGCCCGACUCCACUUUAUCAAGUUUGAGAAUGCCUAUAUUGAAACUUGCCUGGAUUUCAUUAAGGACCAUCUGGUCAACACUGAAACCAAAGUCAUUAAAGCCACAGGUGGAGGGGCAUACAAGUUUAAAGACCUGAUCGAGAAAAAGUUAAAGCUCAAAGUGGACAAAGAGGAUGAGAUGACUUGUCUUAUCAAGGGCUGUAACUUUGUGCUUAAGAACAUCCCCCAUGAAGCUUUUGUGUAUGCCAAACAUGCCGACUCUGAAUUCCGUUUCCAGAAUACACACCCAGACAUCUUCCCCUACCUGCUUAUAAAUAUUGGCUCUGGAGUUUCGAUUGUAAAGGUUGAAUCAGAGGACAAAUUUGAGCGUAUUGGGGGAAGUUCUAUAGGUGGUGGUACUUUUUGGGGUCUUGGAGCUUUACUUACAAAAACUAAGAGGUUUGAUGAGCUUUUGCAGUUAGCUUCCAAAGGACAACACACAAACGUGGAUAUGCUUGUUAAAGAUAUCUAUGGAGGAGCUUACGGUUCCCUGGGCUUAACUGGUGACCUCAUUGCAAGCAGUUUUGGGAAAUCUGCCACCACAGAUAAAGAGUUCUCCAAAGAAGACAUGGCAAAGAGUCUACUCCACAUGAUAAGCAAUGACAUCGGACAACUGGCCUGCCUCUAUGCCAAACUACAUAACCUUACCAGAGUGUAUUUUGGAGGAUUCUUCAUUCGGGGACACCCAGUCACCAUGCACACCAUCACCUAUAGCAUCAACUUCUUCACCAAGGGGGAGGUGCAGGCUUUGUUUCUAAGACAUGAAGGCUAUCUUGGUGCUAUUGGGGCCUUUUUGAAAGGGGCAGAAGAGGACAACCCUAACCAGUACAGCUGGGGAGAGAACUACGCAGGCAGUUCUGGUCUCAUGAGUGUAUCUCCAGAACUGAACCCAGUGCAGCGGGCCCGUAGUGGAACAUUUGACAUGCUGGAGAUGGACCGCUUGGAGAGGCAGCUAGUGAACCUGCCCCUGUUGCAGGACCCAUCCUCUUAUAUCCCAGACACAGUGGACCUGACUGAGGAUGCUUUGGCUCGAGAGUACUGGCUCUACUGCUUUGAGGACGCAUUGGAUGGGGUGGUGAAGCGAGCUGUGGCUAGCCAGAGAGACCUGCCUGAGGCUGCCGAGAGGGCGGAAAAGUUUCGCCAUAAAUACCGUCACAAACUACAAACUCUCCGGCACCAGCCUUUUGCUUAUGGAUCCCUCACCGUCCGAAGUCUUUUAGACACAAGAGAACACUGUUUAAACGAGUUCAACUUUCCUGACCCAUACUCUAAGAUCAAGCAGAAGGAAAAUGACAUGGCACUGAAAUACUAUAUGAAGGUGGUGAAGUCGGUGGAGGAGCUGAGCUGGGAGCAGAGACAGUUCGCUCUGGUCAAAGGCCUUUUGGCCGGCAACGUUUUUGACUGGGGAGCCAAAGCCGUUUCAGAUGUGCUUGAGUCAGAUCCAGAGUUUGGGUUUGAACAAGCAAAACAACAACUGCAAGUGCGGCCGUGGCUUGUGGAUUUCUACAACCAGUGGAUUGAGAGAUUAAAGGGUCCUCCUCAUAAAUGUGCAUUGUUUUUCGUAGAUAAUAGUGGAAUAGACAUUAUACUCGGGGUUUUCCCUUUCAUUAGAGAACUCCUCAUCAGGGGCACGGAGGUUGUGCUUGCCAGUAACUCUGGCCCUGCGCUGAAUGAUGUCACAAAUGGUGAGCUGCAGAUCCUAACUGAAAGAAUAGCCGCCAUGGACCCUGUCAUUCAGGCUGCACUCAAAGAGGACAGGCUCGCUUUGGUGCAGAAUGGUUCUAGCUCUCCUUGUUUAGACUUGAGUCGCCUCGACAAAGUCCUGGCCACAGUCGUCAGGGAUCGUGGCACAGAUCUGGUGAUCAUUGAAGGUAUGGGCCGGGCCAUCCACACAAACUACUAUGCCAUGCUAAGCUGUGAGAGCCUUAAACUGGCUGUCAUCAAGAACUCCUGGUUGGCAGAGCGUCUCGGAGGCAAGAUCUUCAGUGUAGUCUUCAAAUAUGAAGUCCCUUCUAAAUCCCAUGGGCAACAUUAGGGAAAUAAAAAUGUUUUAGAGGUAAAUGCUGAGAGCUGGAAGGUGUUGUUCCUAUGUGCUUUCUUAAAAUUUCUGUGUGAGAUUGACAUGAUGAUUGUUUUUGUGGGGGGGGGGGGGGAUUUUCUUUUGCUCUUUAUUUUUUAAAAAUCAAAAUCAAUAAUAAGGGGGCAGUCGUGUGUGCCUGCUUAGAAAUUGAAUGUGCGCGUCUGCCGUGGCCUCACUUGUAACAACUGGAUGACAGCUGUAGGGCUUUUUCUUGUAAUGAGAUUGAAUUUUACUGUUCUCGGGCCAGAUUCUGUUGCUGAUGGACACUCCAUUGGAUACAGAAUUGAUUACAAUGACAAAUAUGAUGUUAAUGAAUGGUUUGAAACAGCCUGUAUAAUGAGAGCCUAUAAUGUUAAAGGCCUUUAUGUUCUUUAUGGAGCUUCAAAAUUUUGGUUUCAAAACCAAAAAAAUUUCAUUCAAAUUCAGCAGCAGAAAGUCAUACACAUCUGGGAUGGCAUGAGGGUGAGUAAAUGAUAAAAUAAUUGUCAUUUUUCGGUGAGCUAUCCCUUUAAAUCUACCAUGACUAAACAUAUUUAAAAAUAUAAUCAUAUAAAACUUACAAAGAACAUUGACAGAUUUUGUCAUUGUAGACUGGUUUAGAAGUCUUUUUAGAUAUUUUCUGUACUUUAAGUUUUUAACUAGCAAAUUUUGUUUCUGCCACACUGAAGCAUAUCUCAUCCAGAUGGCAAUGUAUUUUAAUGGCUAUCGCCUCGGUUUCCAUGACAACAUUUUGUAGUGACAAUGAUUUCCUUAUUGAUACAUUGAGCUUUGUUGACAUUCCUACUGUGGAGACAUAAAGCUAAAUAUGUAACAUGGAUAUGUGCCUUGAGCUUGUAGGAAACACCGUGGUAACCCAACUGCAGUGAAUCACUCUAGAUUCUUGCAUAAAAUAGGUACACUUGGUCUUUUGAAAAACUAAGUUGCACAAUUUAUGGAUUUAGAUUCAUCACACCCCAACCCACUGUUGAAAGUGAUGCCCACAGGAGGACAGACUCUAAUGUAAAGAAGGACAAAAGGAUUUAAAAUGGGUUGUGCAUCCAUUAACACUAGGUGUCAGUGUUGUUACAGUAUAUAAUUAGUUCCAUACAUAUAUCUGUUUUGAUUAGGGCAGAUGCUAAUGUGACAGACUUUAAAUCCCCCUCCCCAGGUUUCGAGCUGUAGGAAAACUGAGAGGCAUCACAGUCUGUUGUGACUGCUUCAGAUAUUGCGCCAUUGAAAUGUAAUACACUUGUCCUCGACUCUAGUGCAGCUCUCACUUUCUACCAUUUGUGGAAAUCUUUAUAAUCUAAAAUCCAUUUCAUUGCCUCAAUAUCACAGAUCUUUUCUUUUGGAAGAGAGAGAGACGGAGAAAUUGAAACAUCACUUCAGUGUUUUCUGUCUUAAAACAGUUAAGUUUUUAAGGUAAUACACAGUCGUUAGUUUGUGGGCACCAAAAGUCAAUGCAAAGUAUUUUCAGGGCUAUGUUACGUAGUAAGAAGCACAGAUUGUUUCUGUCAAUGUAUAAUUUGUCUUGAAUUAUCUCUUUGUGUUUAUGUAGCCUAUAUACACAGAUCAGCCACAGCAUUAAAACUACCUGCCUAACAUCGUGUAGGUCCCCCUCGUGCUGCCAAACAGCUUUGACCCGUAGAGGCAUGGACUCCACAAAACCUCUGAAGGUGUCCUGUGGUAUCUGGCACCAAGACGUUAGCAGCAGAUCCUUUAAGUCCUGCAAGUUGCAAGGUGGGGCCUCCAUGGAUCUUGUUGAACUUGUUGGUUCAGCACAUCCCAUAGAUGCUCAAUCGGAUUGAGAUCUGGGGAAUUUGGAGGCCAAGUCAACACCUUGUCAUGUUCCUCAAACCAUUCCUGAACAGUUUUUGCAGUGUGGCAGGGCACAUUAUCCUGUUGAAAGAGGCCAAUGCCAUCAGGGAAUACCGUUGCCUUGAAGGGGUGUACGUGGUCUGCAACAAUCUUCAGGUAGGUGGUACGUAGGUUUCCCAGCAGAACAUUGCCCAGAGCAUCACACUGCCUACGCCGGCCUGCCUUCUCAUGGUGCAUGCUGUUGCCAUCACUUCCCCAGGUAAACGACACACCCGGCCUAUCACGUGAUCUAAAAGAAAAUGUGUUUCAUCAGACCAGGCCACCUUCUUCCAUUGCUUCAUGGAAGAAUGUGGUCCUCUCUCUCUGCGAGUACGUGGUGAGUUGUGCGUGGAUGCGAAGUGCGGAGAAUAGAGUGUGGAGAAUAGCUUGAGCCUCCGCGCUAGGUCAUGCGCUCAACAAGCCAAGGGAUAAAAUGCACGGAUUGACUGUCUCAGACGCGGAGGCAAUUGAGAUUCGUCCUCCACCACCUGGAUUGAGGCGAGUCACAAUGCCAGCAUGAGAACUUAGAGCACAUUGGGAAUUGGGCAUGCCAAAUUGGGGAGAAAAGGAGAGAAAAUCCAAAAACAAAAAAACUGACUGUUCACAUGCUGCCUAAUAUAUCCCACCCCAUGACAGUUGCCAUUGUAACGAGAUAAUAAAUGUUAUUCACUUCACCUGUCAGUGGUUUUAAUGUUGUGGCUGAUCGGUUUUAUGUGUGGCCCACAUAAAAAAAAAUGUGUCAUGAAUUGCAUACAAAUUGGGUAAAUGUUACCUAUUUUCAGUAUUUUAAGCACAGUGUGUACAACAACAACCUCAACUAAAGGAACUGAUGGUCUAGAAUGUGUAAUAUGUGUUUAAGAGUUAAGUGGGGCAGAAUCUUUGAAAUGGCCAUCAAAUGGGCGUUGCUAAUACCUUGUGAAAGGUGCUUUCUUAGACUAAAGUGGUUUGUACAGUACUCAUUCAUCAUCUGUCCAAAGCCUUACUUUACUGGUGCAUUCAUUUUGUGAAAUAUGUAAAAAUCAACUGUAAAUAUAAUGUAAGCAUGUACAUAAAAUUUACCGUUAAUUUGGAUAUUUUACAGCAUAUAAGAAAAAUAUUUUAGAAAAAUAUGCUCUCUUGACAAUCACAUGUAAUUCUAUGUUAAAUAUAUUUUACAAUGUAUUCACUCAA